AUGGCAACUCGACAGCCCCUCGCGCUUAGCUUGGCAGGCUUCCAGUUUACAUACCGUAAUAACUACUUUGACUGGCGGCUGCUACAUGGCAUUGAUAUUGACACAGUGAUUCGUCUAACUGACGUUCAGGCGGUAGAGGACUGUCUGGACACCCUCCAGCGCGGCUCCUUCGCUGCGGAAAGGGACCGGCUGUCCCCCGCCAACUGCGUGCAGUUGUUCCGGCUGCUACAGCUCGCCGUAGAGUACUGCGGGCACCUGCGGGCGGCGCAUGCGCUGCUGCUGGAGUGCUACAACACAGCAACUGCGGCGGCGGAGAGCUGGAAGGCCGCAGCUCGCAGCUACUUGGAGGUGGGCUCUGUCUUCGUGUCUGAGAGUGUGACGCUGGGCAGCCUCAGCCGGGGGCCGCUUGACGCCACCGAUGCGGCCAAGGCGGUGCUGGAGGCGGCGGAUAGGGAGUACAACCUGGCGCUGGAUGCACUGGAGGCGAGUGGGAAGAGGGGAGAAUGGAGAAGAGGGAAUAUUCGUAGGGCGGAGGACUCCCGGGCUCGGCACUUCCGUUUCCGCAAGCAGCGUACGGAGAUCUCCUGGUCCACUCUGAACGCUGCUGACGUGGACCGCCUCGUGUCCUCCCUGGACGUGGGACUGCUCGAGGGCCUUCUGCCCAACCUCACGUACGGCAGCAUUACUAACGAGGAUGACGAGCAACUGACACCGCAUCAUUUUGGACAGCUUAUUCCGCUGGGGCAGGCGGCUCUGGACUACGUGCUGUGGCAGGCCAAUGCCACCGGCGCGCUCAUGGAGCAAGCAAUGGCUGGUCUGCAGGCGGCGUGUGCGGACAUACCCACACUCACCAGCGCCACGCAGGAGCUGCACGCUGAAAUCACCUCCCUGCUACUCGGCGGACAGCCCCAGACACAAAACCAGAACCAGAUUCUAAACCAGCCCGGGCUUGGGCUUGUGGCCGGGAUUAUGACACCCAGCGGCGGGGGUGGGGGUGGGGCUGGCUUGCCGGAUGUGGGAGGUUCGGCGGCGGCUGGUGGUGGUGGUGGUGAUGUUGGUGGCCUAGGGUCCGCAGUGCCCUGGGCCUCGGCGUCGGCGGAUCUGUCCCAGCAGUACGGGCAGAUCCCGGUUCUCCUACUUCACGGCCCUCCCUUCCAGACGCAGUACGGCGGCCGGCCGGGGCUUAUCUUCCAGGGUUUGACACGCACGUCCUCCCCCGCACCCCUGCGACCCGUCAGUGGGGGCCCUGGAGGAGCACCGCAGGAGCUGGUGGCGGCGGCGUCGCUGAUCAGCGGCGGCGGCGCGGGCGGUGCUGGUGGCGGCAGUGGCGGCACUGCCGGCGGCGGAUUCCCCGUCCUCGAGUUGCACAGUCGUGCCACCGAGCUGAACCACAAAGUGGACGUCAUUGAACAAGACCUGAGGAUGGAGAGGAGUAAGACGGAGGAGAUGCGGCGCAUUCUGACAGACAUACGUGACAGACUUAACCAGCGGCCUGGAGGUGGUGGCGGCGGCGGCGGCAGUACAGGCACCAUGACGCAGCAGGGCCCCGGCGGCGGCGGCGGCGGCGACGGCGGCCUGUCCCCCGCCGAGUCGUUGACCUUCCCCUCCGCCACGGCCUACAUCAGCCCUCUGGACAUCACGGCCGCGCAGGGCCUAGCCACCUACUCGGCCUUCGUAAAUACACCCUCCGCCGCCGCGGCUGCCGGCGGCGGCGGUGGCGGGUCGCGGUACGGCAGCGCAGCUGGCGUCAGCAUCUCUGGACUGCCGCAGUCGGACAUGGGUCCCACCAAGGUCCGGGUAUUUGUUGACGAGGACGCCAUCAGAGAGCAGGAGCGGCAGCGGGCGGUGCAGGUGCUGGCAAGGCAGGCGGAGAAGCUCAAGCAACAGAUGCUUCGCGAGCACCAGGAGCGCCGUCUGGUGGCCUCCGGAGGGAUCCCCUCGACCUCCCCACCCGCACUGGGGGGGGUAGCCAACAGGGCAUCGUCCGUACAGCACUUGAUUGGGGGCAAGGAAGGGCCGCGUCACAGCCGGCAGUCGAGCAGAGAGGGCAUUGGCAUUGGCAGCGGUAUUGGCAUGGGAGGUGGAGGUGGAGGUGGAGGUGGAGGUGGUUCCUCACGGCGCCCAGGUACACCCCAAUACACCCAACCGCCGGACUACAGCUCAGAUCCUGAACAGCAGCUACAGCCAUCGCGGCAGCAAGUGAUGUACGGGUCGUACGAGCCGCAGGUAGUGAUGGUUGCGUCAUCCUCUCGCCAUGGCAGCAGCGGCGGCGCCGGCAGUGGCGGUGGCGGCGCCGCCCCUGGAGGCGGCAGCCGGCCGCCCAAACCGUUCUCGCGGCUGUCCGGGAUGCAUGGCAGCCUCGGGGACCUGCCGAUGGCGUCAGCGGCGGUUGCGGGAGUGUACGGCAUGGCCGGCGGCAGCGGUGGCGGAUCGCGGUCGGGCACCGCGUCUGGGGGCCCUGGGCAGGAGGGCCGAAGUGGGGGAGGAGGUUCCGGAGCCUUCAUCGCUGAAUAG